AUGGCGGCGAAGUCGGACGGCGUGUUGGGGGUCGGCUCCGGUUUCGCCCAGCUGCGUAACCUGGACGAGGCGGCGGCUGCGGCGGUGGCGGAGGGCCGGGGAGAGGACGGGGAGCCCGGGGAGAGCAGCUCCAUCCACAUCUGUCACUGCUGUCACACGUCGUCCUGUUACUGGGGCUGCCGCUCGGCCUGCCUGCGCGCCCUGCUGCGGAGGGGGAAGGCGCAGAAGCCGCCGCAGCAGAAGCGGGCGCCGCCGCCGGGGGCAGCCCACCGGGACCGGGCCUGGCUGGACUGCCUGUGGAUCGUGCUGGCCCUGCUCGUCUUCUUCUGGGACGUGGGCACCGACGUGUGGCUGGCGGCGGACUACUACUCCCAGCGGGACUACGUCUGCUUCUGCCUGACGCUGGGCUUCGUGCUGGUGCCCUCCGUGCUGGUGCAGAUCCUCAGCUUCAGGUGGUUCGCCCAGGAUUACAGCGGGGGAGGGCUGGGGGCGGUGGAGGGGCUCAGCAGCCGGGGACCCCCCAUGAUGGGCAACACUCAUCAUCACUACUACCACCACCGCCAUCAUCCCUACACGACGACCAGCCCCGGAGCCGACAGGUUGUGCCGCCUCUCUGUCUGGAUCUGGCAGACUGUCAUCCAUGUGCUGCAGAUGGGGCAAGUCUGGAGAUACAUUCGAACCAUGUACCUGGGCAUUCAGAGCCAGAGGCAAAAAGAACAUCAGCGUCGGUUUUAUUGGGCUAUGAUGUAUGAAUAUGCAGAUGUCAACAUGUUACGCCUCCUGGAGACCUUCCUUGAGAGCGCUCCCCAACUGGUGCUACAACUCUGCAUAAUGAUACAGAAGAACCGUGCGGACACACUUCCAUGUGUUUCCUCUGUGGCUUCCCUGAUGUCCCUAGCUUGGGUGCUAGCUUCCUAUCACAAGCUCCUACGGGACUCCCGGGAUGAUAAGAAGAGCAUGAGCUACAGAGGGGCACUUAUUCAUCUCUUCUGGCGACUCUUCACCAUAUCAUCCCGAGUUAUAUCUUUUGCCCUCUUUGCUUCAAUCUUCCAGCUCUACUUUGGGAUCUUUGUAGUAGUCCACUGGUGUGUCAUGGCCUUCUGGAUCAUUCAUGGUGGGACAGACUUCUGUAUGUCCAAAUGGGAGGAGGUCCUCUUCAACAUGGUGGUAGGCAUUGUGUACAUUUUUUGCUGGUUUAAUGUCAAGGAAGGCCGGACUCGAUAUAGAAUGUUUGCUUAUUACACUGUUAUUCUGACAGAGAAUGCUGCCUUGACGUUCCUAUGGUAUCUCUACAGAGACCCUAACACAACUGACUCCUAUGCUGUGCCAGCACUGUGUUGUGUUUUUCUUAGUUUCGCAGCCGGGGUCGCAUUCAUGCUUCUAUACUAUGGGGUGCUGCAUCCCAUGGGGCCACGAGCUAAGAUAUUUGCCAGCUCCUGUUGCGCCGAGCUGCUCUGGGGCAUUCCUUUGCCCCCUGAUGUUGAGCCCAUGGCACCCCAAACCCCUGGGCACCGGGGGGCCCAGGCAACGCCUACCAGAGCAGUGUCGGAGCAACAGGAUGAUCUAGCAGCUGACACAUGCUUGCCCGUUUUCCAGGUGAGACCAAUGGUGCCAUCCACUCCAUCUGGGCGCCCCUAUUACCCAGAGGGGCCCCUCAUAAAGAUCGACAUGCCAAGAAAACGAUACCCAGCUUGGGAUGCUCAUUUUGUUGACAGACGAUUAAGAAGGACUAUCAACAUUCUUCAAUAUGUCACACCCACAGCUGUAGGUAUAAGAUAUAGAGACGGUCCUCUCUUGUACGAGCUUCUCCAGUACGAGUCUUCUCUCUAA